GACGGUCCAAGCCUCCCCUAUUAUUCACCUAUUCUCCGCUCUCGCUUCUCUCUUUCCAUAUCCCGCUUUAUCUCCGUGUUCCUCUUGUGUAUAUGGUUAGGGUUCUCUUUUUCACUCGAGUUUUACUCUGAGGAAAUGUUGCAGAAAGCUCUAUAUUCUGUCAAAACAUUAAUCGAUUCAUCAUUCAAGCAACCUUGUAGGUUAAGCAUGGCAUAAUUCAGCUCUUUACAGGAGAGCUGCAGUUUUGGAAUGGAAAUGUAUAAUGUUUCUGGACAAGGGAAUGGAGAAAAUCAUCUGAUUCAAGGUGCUGGAUCAAACCUUCCGUCAACGAAUCCACCACUUUUUGAACAAGUUAAAGCUAUGUACAACGAAGGAGCCCCUGAUUUUGUUGUUGAUCAGGGUUUGUAUUAUCCGAAUUCCACAAACUAUGGCUAUUACUGUACAGGUCUUGAAUCACCCGGCGAAUGGGAGGACCACCAGCGGAUUUUUGGUGCAGAUGGUCCAGAUACCCAAUACAUGGGUGCUCAAACUGAAACUUUGCCUUAUGUAUAUUAUACUCCAAACUAUGGAUAUGCACAGUCUCCAUACAACCCAUACAACCCUUACAUACCUGGUGCCAUGGUGGGUGUUGAUGGAUCACUUGUUGGGACCCAGCAAUAUUACCCUGUCCCUCCUUAUCAGAACAACCUAUCUUCACCUGCUUAUAUUCCCUUUAUUGGCCAACCAGAUGUCAUCUCCAAUAAUUCAGACCCUUUAUUCGAAAUUGGUGCAGCGGCUGCUAAUAGACAAGAUGGGAGAGGAUUUAAGAAUAAUCUUGCUUCAGCGUCUACUGCCUUUCCAAGGAACCCUCCAAAACCUGUUAUGAGUCAAACUCACUCCUUGAGCUGGGCUUCAGAAGGGCCAAGGGCUAAUAGUGGACCAAGUAAGCAACAAGGGGUACGUGGAGGUGUUUCAUAUGGUGGUUUUCCUUAUCCAGCUUCAACCCAUGUUUUCCAGGCUCCAGUUGAUAAGCAACGCCCAAAGAUUUAUGGUGGUGGAGCUUUGAAGGACGUGAAUGGAAGCGCAGAUGCAUUGGGUGAGCAGAAUCGAGGUCCUAGGACCAACAGAUCGAAAAAUCAACUCAUUGUCAAAGCUUAUACAACCAAGUCUGGGGAGGGUGAUGCCCAAGGCAAUAUUGUGAUCAAUGCAGAUCAGUAUAACAGAGAUGAUUUCUCACUAGAUUAUGUUGAUGCAAAAUUUUUUGUAAUAAAAUCAUACAGUGAGGAUGAUGUCCACAAGAGCAUUAAAUAUAAUGUUUGGUCAUCAACUCCCCAUGGGAACAAGAAACUUCAGAGUGCAUAUGAAGAUGCUGAGAAAUUUGCCAUAGGGAAACCUGCUGGCUGUCCCAUCUUCUUGUUCUUUUCGGUUAAUGCAAGUGGUCAAUUCUGUGGUGUUGCGGAGAUGGUUGGUCCUGUGGAUUUCCAUAAAGAUAUGCAUUUUUGGCAGCAAGAUAAGUGGAGUGGGAGCUUUCCUGUCAAGUGGCACUUCAUUAAAGAUGUACCGAAUACCAACUUUAGGCAUAUCAUAUUAGAGAACAAUGAGAACAAGCCAGUGACGAACAGCAGAGAUACACAAGAGAUAAUGUAUGAGCAAGGUCAAGAGAUGAUGAAAAUAUUCAAAGACCACAGAGCAAAAACUUCUUUGCUUGACGACUUCAUUUACUACGAAAAUCGCCAAAAACUUAUGCAGGAAGAGAAGGCAAGGCUAGUAUAUAAAAGCUUGAGAAGUCCUUUUUUGGUAUCUGAGUUAGAGUCUGCCAACAAGCUAAAAUAUGUGGUGGAACCUCCUCCAAACAACGAGAGGUUAGUUGGGAAGGCCUACAACUUUAACAGCUCAAGGGAUUCCAUGGCUUCUCCAGAGAAGGCGGCUAAUUUAAAUUCUAAUGUCAUAAACACAAAUAAUACGAACGAGAAAGUGGAGCAAAUUGCAGGUGAAGUUAAAGAUGAUGCUGCAUCUUCAUUAAGAAUUGGUUUCCUCACCAUAAAGCCGAGAAAUGCUGAGCCAAAAACAGUGGCAGAUGUGGCAGUUACCGGUGAUACUGAACCCAGUAGUAGCGUCGUUACAGUAGGAUCAAUGCCUGUCAAAGUCAACGGGUUUGCCGCCGGGCCUUCUAAUAGUUUAACUGUGGGGACCAUUCCGCUUGAUCCCAGGUCACUUCAGCCAAAGACUGGGACUUAACACUACUGAUGAGUAGGUUUGUUAUUUAACUUGGGUCCUGGGGCUUAAAUUGUACACCUGUGGGCGAUGGGGUGUACUUGGUAUUUUUUACACGGGCAGGAUUGUUAUCUUAUUGAAGUCCAAUGUCACAGGUUGACCAAUCGGAUACUUCAAAGUUCAGCAUCGGUUAUUUGUUGUUGUUAUAUUUUAUUUACAAAUUACUCUUUCUAAGUUCCGCUUCUGUCCUAAUUGGUUCCGAAAGAUGUGUAAUGGAUUUGUUUUGCUUCU